ACAAUGUCCCAUCCAGGAUUCCAUAGUUUUGUCAUACGUUAUUUUUGGAAAACUAACUUACAUUCAAGUGUAACAGUGUGCCUAUAUGGGAACAGGAGUAGACCCCGCCAUGGGAUUCCUUUUACAAGCCUGUUACCAGUAUGUACUGCUUUUCCACAGCGUUAUCAGUAGACCACGUGUCCCUUGGAACAAUGAAAGGCGGACAGAUCCUGUCGCUUGUGGUGCUGAUCUCUGCCCUGCUUGCUGUGACACACUCUCUUGAGCACCCAAGUCACGACUCGUGUAACACCACUGGGUGUAGACAUGGGAAUGGUCGUCUUCGAUGUCAGUCAUGUAACCCCGGGUGUCACGGAUCAAAGUGCAGCUCUACAUGCCAAGGACGUUGUGACGGAGACGGAUGUGACAGGUCCACUGGAGAAUGUUUUUCAUGUAGGCCAGGGUUCUAUGGACGACACUGCGACACACCCUGUCCACCACGAUGUUCCAGCUUUCCGGUAGGUGGCGCUGUCUACUGUGACCGACAUACAGGUGCUUGUUCUGAAUCUUGUGGUGGAGGAUGGACCGGGGCACAUUGUGUUGGACGAUGUCCUCCCAACUGCAAGGCAUCAGUCUGUCACAUACAGACAGGAGAAUGUCUUGAUGGGUGUGAUGGAAGAUGGACAGGGAACUUCUGUAACACGACAUGUGACAACUGUCUGAUGGGAAGGUGCAGCAUCACGGGGUACUGUCUACAUGGAUGUGAAGCAAGCUUCUAUGGACAGAAGUGCGAAGACAGAUGUCAACAUUGCUGGACCACUGGUUGUGACAGACAGACUGGGGUAUGUGAACAGUGUCAGCCUGGUUACCAUGGACACGCUGCAGUAACACGUGCCCUUGAAGUGCUACAAAGGCGAUGGACACAAGCACUGUGA